AUGCAAUGGCCGAAGUGGUGGUCCUCGUCGACAAAGGAUAAGGCCGACUCGAACGAAUCGGCUACCUCCAAAGCAACCAAUGUGUGGGAUUCGAUCGGCGAGAAAGUGACUGAAGCUCGCGAGUCAGUCGAACGAAGGACUGUGACCAGUCUACCACCAGAAGUCAAAGCCUUUACCGAACCCCAGACGAUAAUAGCAACGGCUGUACUGACUGUAUCUUGCCUCGGUCUCUUCAAAUUCUACAGGUCUUACCUGCGACGAAUUCCUCAAGCUACGAACAUAACGCCGGCCUUCCUGCGCCGUAGGAGUCUUCUAGGCAGAGUCACAAGUGUAGGAGAUGGAGACAACUUUCGAUUCUAUCACACACCAGGAGGUAGGCUAGCUGGAUGGGGUUGGUUUCCAGGAAGGCGAGUGCCCACGGAGAAGAAGGAGCUGAAAGACAAAACGAUCCAUCUACGUCUAGCUGGAGUCGACGCACCGGAGCUCGCUCACUUUGGCAGGCCUUCGCAGCCAUAUGCGCAGGAGGCUCUCGACUGGCUCACUGCAUAUGUCCUCGGCCGGCGUGUUCGCGCUUAUGUUUACAAAAUUGACCAGUACAACAGAGUUGUCGGGACGGCAUAUGUGUGGAAAGGGCUUAUGAGACGUGAUGUCGGUCUUCAAAUGCUUCGGGCGGGCAUGGCUACUGUGUAUGAAGCGAAAUCAGGGGCCGAAUUCGGCGAAGGCCUCGAGAAGAAGUACAGGAAUGCAGAAUGGUGGGCAAAGACAAAACGGAAAGGCAUGUGGGCGGGCAGGAAGAAAGACUUCGAAAGUCCGCGAGAGUAUAAGACGAGAUACGGCAUGGGAUCUCCACAGGACGAGUCGAAAUGA